CUUUGCCUUCUGCCUUCCUCUGCCUCGGAAAGCCAAAGCAGGGAAAAUGGGGGAGGGGGGCGUGCCGCUCGCUUCCUCACUGGUUUAUGUCCCUGGCAGUCUGGGGGAGGUGCUGGACGAGCAGCCCCAGUCUAGCAGCAGCCGACCCAAGUCCCAGGCUCCUGCCCUUUGCUCUGUAGCUUUUCAAUAAGUCCCGAGGCUCUAGAGAGUGGGCGUGGGAGUAGCCCUAGCUGAAGCUCCGAGGUCCUCCCCACUGUUUAGGGGGCCCCAGGCGAUAGCCACGUUCCGAUCCUGGCUUGCAGCCAAGGGAGGGAGCUUAGGGUAAGGGGAGGGCCCUGAGGGAGGGGUCAGACUCCUUAGGAAAGAGUUAAUGCGAAGAGGGGGAGGGGAUAGGACGGAGAGACCGAAGGGGAGGCUCAGGGCAGCCAACUUCUAACCGCGGCGGCGACUUUCAGUUUCAUUUCCACGGACCCUCUUGCCUGGGCCGCAGCCGCCGCCGCGAUGCCCAGCAAGUUCAGCUGCCGAAAGCUCCGGGAGGCGGGCCAGAGGUUCGAGAGUUUCCUGGCUGAACGCGGACUGGACCUGGAGACAGAUCGCGAGCGGCUACGGACGAUUUACAACCGCGACUUCAAGCACAGCUCUGGGAUCCCUUGCCCUGGUUUCUCCUCUAUGCUGUAUGGAAUGAAGAUUGCAAAUCUGGCCUUCGUCACCAAGACUCGGGUCAGGUUCUUCAAACUAGACCGCUGGGCUGACGUGCAGUUAUCCAAAAAGAAGCGGAUAAAGCCGGGGACGGAUAUCAGCAAACAACACAGGUCACUGCUAGCCAGGAUCUUUUAUGACAGGGCUGAGUAUCUGCAUGGGAAGCAUGGAGUAGACGUGGAGGUCCAAGGGCCCCAUGAAGCCCGAGAUGGGCAGCUCCUUAUUCGCCUGGAUUUGAACCACAAGGAGGUGCUGACCCUCAGGCUUCGGAAUGGAGGAACCAAACCUGUUACCCUCACUCACCUCUUCCCACUGUGCUGGACACCCCAGUUUGCCUUCUACCACGGUGACCAGGACCUGCCUUGCCCAUUGGGCCCAGGUGAAAGCUAUGAGCUCCAUGUCUACUGUAAGACCAGCAUUGUGGGCUACUUCCCAGCCACUGUGCUCUGGGAACUGCUGGGACCUGGGGAAUCUGGGUCAGAAGGAGCUGAAACAUUCUACAUUGCCCGCUUCUUGGCUGCUGUUGCCCACAGUCCCCUGGCUGCACAACUGAAGCCCACAACUCCCUUCAAGCGUACCCCACGGUUCACUGGAAACCCUGUAUUGACCAACCGGAUAGAGGAAGGAGAGAGACCUGACCGUGCUAAGGGUUAUGAUCUGGAGCUAAGCAUGGCACUGGGGACUUACUACCCACCCCUCCGUCUCAGACAACUGCUCCCCACCCUUCUUCAGGGAACAAGUAUCUUCACCUCCCCAAAGGAGAUUGCUGAGAUCAAGGCCCAGCUGGAGACAAACCUGAAGUCCAAGAACUAUGAGCUGAAACUCCGGUUGCUGCUGCACCUGGAGGAGCUACAGAUGGAACAUGACAUCCGGCACUAUGACCUAGAGUCAGUGCCCAUGACAUGGGAUCCUGUGGACCAGAACCCCAGGCUGCUCACACUGGAGGUUCCAGGUGUGGCUGAGAGCCGUCCCUCGGUGCUACGGGGUGACCACCUGUUUGCCCUUUUGUCCUCUGAGACCCACCAGGAGGACCCCGUCACCUACAAAGGUUAUGUACACAAGGUGGAAUUGGACCGUGUCAAGCUGAGCUUUUCCACCAGCCUGCUGAAUCGAUUUGUGGAUGGGAUGACAUUCAAGGUGAACUUUACCUUCAACCGCCAGCCCCUUCGGGUCCAGCACCGAGCCCUGGAGUUGACUGGGCGCUGGCUGCUCUGGCCCAUGCUUUUUCCUGUGGCCUCCCGUGGGGUUCCUCUGCUUCCCUCAGAUGUGAAGUUCAAGCUGUAUGAUCGGAGUCUGGAGUCGAACCCUGAGCAGCUACAGGCCAUGAAGCAUAUUGUGAGGGGCACUACCCGGCCUGCCCCCUACAUCAUCUUUGGGCCUCCAGGUACCGGCAAGACUGUCACAUUAGUGGAGGCCAUUAAGCAGGUAGUAAAGCACUUGCCCAAAGCCCACAUCCUGGCCUGCACUCCAUCCAACUCGGGGGCUGACCUCCUUUGUCAGCGGCUCCGAGUCCACCUGCCCAGCUGCAUCUACCGCCUCCUGGCCCCCAGCAGGGACAUCCGCAUGGUGCCUGAGGACAUUAAGGCCUGCUGUAACUGGGAUGCUAAGAAGGGGGAGUAUGUGUUUCCUGCCAAAAAGCAGUUGCAACAAUAUCGGGUCUUAAUUACCACCCUCAUCACUGCCAGCAGGUUGGUGUCAGCCCAGUUUCCCAUUGAUCACUUCACACACAUCUUCAUCGAUGAGGCUGGCCACUGCAUGGAGCCUGAGAGUCUGGUAGCCAUAGCAGGAUUGAUGGAUGUCAAGGAAACGGGCAACCCAGGAGGGCAGCUGGUGCUGGCAGGAGACCCUCGGCAGCUGGGGCCUGUGCUGCGUUCGCCACUGGCACAGAAGUAUGGACUUAGCUACUCACUGCUGGAGCGCCUGCUCACUUACAACUCCUUAUACAAGAAGGGCCCCAACGGGUAUGAUCCCCAGUUCAUCACCAAGCUGCUCCGCAACUACAGGUCUCAUCCCACCAUCUUGAACAUUCCUAACCAGCUGUACUACGAUGGGGAGCUGCAGGCCUGUGCAGAUGUGGUGGAUAGAGAACGCUUCUGCCGCUGGGAGGGGCUGCCUCAACAGGGCUUCCCCAUCAUCUUUCACGGUGUAAUGGGCAAAGAUGAGCGUGAGGGCAAUAGCCCAUCCUUCUUCAACCCUGAAGAGGCCGCCACAGUGACUUCCUACCUGAAACAGCUCCUGGCCCCUUCCUCCAAGAAGGGCAAAGCCCGCCUGAGUCCCCGAAGUGUGGGUGUCAUCUCGCCAUACCGGAAGCAGGUGGAAAAAAUCCGGUACUGCAUCACAAAACUUGAUCGGGAACUACGGGGACUGGAUGACAUCAAGGACUUGAAGGUGGGCUCUGUGGAAGAAUUCCAAGGGCAGGAACGAAGUGUCAUCCUCAUCUCCACUGUGCGAAGCAGCCAGAGCUUUGUGCAGCUGGAUCUGGACUUUAACCUCGGUUUCCUUAAGAACCCUAAGAGAUUCAACGUAGCUGUGACCCGGGCCAAGGCUUUGCUCAUUGUAGUAGGCAACCCCCUCCUCCUGGGCCAUGAUCCUGACUGGAAAACAUUCCUGGAGUUCUGUAAAGAAAAUGGGGGAUACACCGGAUGCCCCUUUCCUGCCAAACUGGACCUGCAACAGGGACAGGACUUACUCCAAGGUCUGAGCAAACUCAGCCCCUCUACCUCAGGGCCCCGCCGUCACCAAAACCUCCCCCAGGAGCGGGAAAGUGAAGGGGGCCUGCCCUUGCAAGUGGAGCCAGAGUGGAGAAAUGAGCUCUGAAGACAGCUGCCCCCUUUCAUACCAGCCUAGCCUUAUAGUGGCCUGCCCCUGCCCCAGAACCCAGUCCAGCUGCCCCCUGCAGAGGAAGGCUAGGAAGUUUACAGCUCAAACCAUUCCACCCCUUUCCCUGCUAGGGGAAACAACCCAAGCUGCUAACAAUUGUGGGGAAGGGGAGGAAGAAAAGCUUUUUUUCUCCCUCUUUUGCAGUACUAGGGAUUGAACCCAGAGCCUCGCACAUGCUAGGCAAGCGCUCUGCUACUGAGCUACUUUAAGAAAACCUCUUAAAAUGCUGUUCUAUGCAAAAGCCUCUUGCUUAUGUCUAUCAGCCUGAUCUCACUUCCUGUGCCCCCAAGCUGACCCUGCAGGAGGGUGCCUGUCCAGGGCCACACCCCUUCAUAACUACGUGGAGGGGAGGAAACCCAGUGGACCAAGGAAGCCACCCACAGGCUUCUAAGUUUAGCCAGUGAUACAGACCACUCCCCUCACCCUGCCUAGGCUAGCAGCCAAGCAUGACCUCAUCCCUUACUCCAAACUUCACCCUACCCCCACCCCAAUCCUGCUUCUGCAGACAGGGGCCCAGCCUGGCCAGCAACUUGGAAAUGAAGAAAGAUGGCACUCCAGGCUUACAGCCAAGGUAGGCCAGGAGAGACAGGAAGCUGCCACACACGUGGGAACCUUUGACCUUUAUUCACCCCCUCCCCUUCCACCAAGUACAGUCAAGAGACAAGGCUACUACCAAAGCAGAGACCCUAGUCCCUACCCUAAACUCACUCCUGUGAGCCAGAAGUAUAUAAAGUGCUGGUGUGUGAUGUGGGGAAGGCAGAAGGGAGCAGGAGCCCCACCCUAGGCCAGGGCAGCAGGAGGAGGGGGCCCUGUUCAGGAAGGGCAGGGCACCAGCCUACUUCCCAGAAACUGGGAGGGAGGGCCUACCAACCCCAACUUGGGGCUAGGAAAACUCGAUGCAGUCCUGGGCA